CCACAAGUGAAGGAAUUGAUAUUAAUAAAAAGUGGAAUUUAGGGAUGUUGAAGGGGAAAUUGGAGCAAAAAAACAACCAAUCCACCCAACAUAUUCAGCAAUUAAAUAAACAAAUUACAGCCCUAACUAUUUUGGCUGAUAAGAGAAAAAAAGAUUUAGAAAGAGAAAAACAAGCCCUUAUUACUUUGGCUAAACAAAAAAUUGCUAAUAAAAAAGAGGCUGGGGAGUUGGUGAAGCAAUUGGAGGAAAAAUGA